CGUCACAUUCCUAUCAGAAUCGAGAAUCUAUACACUUUAUUACGACCAUAUAGGCAGUUUUAGCUUUUCUUAGUUUUUAGCUGCUUUUUCUUCGGUUGCGUCCGCUGUCGAUAGGUUUCGUCUAUCGGCAACUGUCAUCGAUGGAACUGUUGUGUGCAGCUUUUCUUCGUUUUCUUUGAGAUCAGAGAAAACGAACGUUUCCCCCUUGGAAAAUGUGUUUUCUGCGUUUUUUAGCCCAAGCCCGUGGUACGCUGGCCAGGCACCUGGCGGAGGCGUCGCCCGUUGCUUGGGCCGCUGUUCCUCCAGAUUCCGGCCGGACCCUACACUUGGUGAUGGGCAACGAGUCCUGCGACCUAGACUCGGCCGUAUCGGCAGUCACUCUGGCCUUUGUCUACGCUCAAAGGCACUUGGAACACGACUAUGUGCCCAUCCUAAACAUUCCACGUCGGGAUUACCCCCUGAAGACAGAGGUUGGCCAUAUGUUCGGCCAAUGUGGUAUUGUCGAGUCCGAGCUGCUCUUUCGCGAUGAUCUACCCGGCAAAAUGGCCCCGGAUGUAAGUGUAAUCCUGGUGGAUCACCAUGUCAGCCCGCUGGCACCCAAUGUAGCGGAGAUUCUGGAUCACAGGCCUCUGGAUGAGAGCAGUCCGUCCCUUCAGCUGCUGCCCGCCAGCUGUGAGCGCAGCAUUGAUGCGUCAGUCGGUUCCUGCGCCACCUUGGUGGCCGAGCGUUAUCUGGCCGAGGAGCAUCCCCGCUCCGUGGCUGUGGCUCGGCUGCUGCACGCCACCAUCGUUCUGGACACCAUUAACUUUGCCCCGGCGGCCAAGCGGUUCGGGCCCAAGGAUCAGGCCAUGGUAGAGCAGCUGGAGAAGGAGUUGAAUCGCCAGGCAACUCAAAGAACAGUACUUUUCGAUGAGCUGGUGGCCGCCAGGGCGGAUAUUAGCAGCCUUACGCUCACCGAGGUGCUGCGCAAGGAUAUGAAGACCCUGCACACCGAUCGCCAGGUGGUUCCCAUGGCCGGCAUGCCCAUCCUUGUCCGGGAUUUUGUGGCCAAAAGUGGCGCCGAGAAGGCAGUACGGGAGUUUGCCGCUGGCAGUAAUCUCCUUGUGAUACUGGGCAUGUGGGUAGCGCCCGCCGAUGGUCAAGUGCAACGCGACGUUGGCCUGAUCUCUCUCAACGGCCAGAGUCAGUUGGUGGAGCGCGUCCGGCUGGCCCUCGUCGAGUCCACUGAUCCCAAGCUGGAGCUGCAGCCCCAUGAGCCGGACACGCCUCGCUUUAUGGGAGGGUGCUUUCUACGCCAGCACAAUGUCCAGGCCACCAGGAAGCACAUACUGCCCGUUGUGAAGCGAGCGCUGCUGGAAUGGGAGUCGGAGCAUGGCUGCGACUCCGAUGAUGUAUACUUUUUCAAGGAGAAGCCGCAGCUGGGACUCUCCUAGGCCGAAGACAAGACUUAGCUAGAAUUGUAGUCCAAAAACCGUUUUAAUGUUAUCCAAGUUUACGCCAGAAAUGAGUGGAAGAAACCUAGCAUUUAAGUUGUUCGAAUUCGGACAGGAAAUUAGAAUCUAGACCAGUGGUCGCUGCGUCCUUAUUACGCUCUUUGGCAUUGAUCUCUCUCGACCAGGAGGCGAAAGGUGGCAUUGGAUAUCAGUAUUCAACAAAGGGGAUUACAUGGCUGUUGCUUUGGGUACAAUUUGGGUUUGGUGUACUCCAAGGACUACCCAGGAAUAGGGCCGACACUCGUUUAGUUUCCUAGUUGUUUAUGUGGAUUAAGUGAAUAUGUACAGGGCAUACCACGCAGGGGUAAAAGUAAAAAAAAAACGCAAAGAGAAGUGUUGUAUAAAUAAACAAACUAUAACUGAG